AUGCCAGGACAUCCUCCGUCUCCGCCUCAACCUCCCCUCCCCGGAUCUCGAACCCCGCUCGACCCUCCCUCCCCCGCCUCCGUCUGGGUCGCCGACAAUUGGCACUCCGUCAUCUUCGGUACCGUCACCUCCCACUUCCUCCACUUCCGCUACCUCAACUCCCACCACAAGCCCGAUCCGAACCCCGUCAAGAAUGCCCGCUUUUGGGCUGGUCUAGGUGGUGCGUGGAUGGUCUCUUACCUCGGCAUCAUCACCGUCAUUGCCAUAUCUCAGGCCCGCGUCGACCACUUCCGCCACCCUGACAACCGCAACCAGUACCGCCAGACCUGA